GUUGCGGUCGGCGCUUGAGGGAGGUACCCACGCGAGAUUUUCUGAAACGGAAGCCGUUUAGAAGUGGGGAAGUCUCUUUUUUUUGGAAGAGUCGGUGUCUUUCGAUAUAUUGUUGGGAGAGUGGGUCUGACGAGCUGCCGAAGAGAAAAAAAUAUGUCUAAGGACAAUGAAGAUGAUUUCAAGGCAGUGGAACUGGGAAUAGAGGCUAAACAUCAGGAGUCGGUGAAAGCUGCAGGGGACGCAGCAAUGGAGAAACUUCCACAGAUAUCUGCCACUUCUCCAGAACAGCAGGUUCAAGAAAAACAAGUACUUGACCAGCAUACGCUAAAGAGGUUCUUUGUGCUUAGGCAAGGUGCAUUUGACCAGGCAGUUCAGGAUGUACAGUCUCUUAGUGACAGCCAGAAAGAUGGAAGUGUUCUUAGCUCCUGGCUUUUGUCUGAGGUGGACCACUGGAAUCACGAAAAGGAACGGAUUGUACUGAUCACUGAAAACUCCCUUUUGAUCUGCAAGUAUGACUUCAUGAUGCUUAAAUGUGAGCAUGUGCAGAGAGUACCACUGAACAUCAUUGACAGAAUAAUCCAUGGAUCUUUCACUUUCCCAGAGAAAUCCCUUGACAAGAGAGAGGGGAAAGGAGUACGCAUUCAUUGGGACCGCCUUCGUGAGCCAUCUUUUAUAUCCCGCUGGAAUCCCAUGUCAUUGGAUCUUCCAUAUUGCACUCUAAUCUCUCACCCAGUAAAGGAUUCCAGUGAAACCUUUGCUGCUCUGUGCGAGUUGGACCAGUUUAAAGAAAAGCUGACUGAAGCAGCCAUGAGUGCCCAUGAAAAAAAUCCUGUGCCAGGCAAAGCAAAUGGAGUCCUGGUGUUAAAUCAAGCAAUCCAGAUUGACACGUAUGUUGGUCUCGUGUCAUACAUCAUGAAUCAGAAUAAACUGGGCUAUUGCCUGGCCAGAGGAAAUAUUGGAUUCUAAAUUAGUCUGUAUACUGUUACUCUGGUUUGUAUAUUUUGUCGCAGCCGGUAUAUAACUUUAAUUGUAUUAAAACUAGUAGAGAUGAGAUAGUUGUAUUUGUUUCCUUGCCUUAGCAUCUCCAUUUAUAAAAAAAAACAAAAAAACAAAACAAAAGAACAAAAAAGCAAACUCAUAAGCUUGGAUUAUCUCAAUUUUGUUGCUUCCUGAUGUUAGUCCUGUAAGUCAAUGCACUGCAAUAAAAAUGUAUACAAAAUCUUUGUCAAAGCAGAUGUCAUGAAUGCAAGACUUAUGUCAAAGAGCAUUCCUAACGUUGUCAGAAGUCUCAUUUUCAGAAUUCACGGAGGGGGUCCAAACAGGUCAGGUGUGUAAAUGCGGUUUUAUAUCUGGGUUGUUAACAUUUAUGUGUACUGUGCCCUUUCUCAUGUGCUAAGAAUGUGCUGUAGAACCUUUAAUCUUAGAUUAACUAUUCAUUCUUUCAAUACAAACUUAAUUAGUUCAUUUUUGUCCUGGGAAUUUCCCAGCAAUUUUUUUUUUUUACUUGGAUCAUGAUGCAAGUGAUAGAGUUUCAUUUUUGUGUGCUUUUACUGGAAAAUGGCCCACUUUACUACAAAACAGCAACUAAGAAGGUCUUUAAGGUGUUAUACUUAAACAAUGUUGUUUUUACUGUGAAAUAUGAUAUAUUGAUAUUAAAACUGUGUAAGCCAUAUGUG